ACAAAACACGCAUGGACUGUCUCUAUCGCUCCCCCGAACUCUUUAUUUUCUGUACAGAGGCUGCUUACUGCUAGGCAUGUCUAUCGGCCAAAUCUAGAGCAACCCAUUUCAUCUUCUUUUUUUCUUUUUCCUGCCAUUUGAAGGGAGAUAUUCUGUACAGACAGUUAUCUUUCCUACUCUGUAUUGAAUAUAAACUAAUUCUAUUUUCCUUGAUUUAUCAUUCAUGUACGUUAAAUCUGGAGACUUGGGCCAAAUCUGGCGAGACUUAUUCGGUCACUGACUGUGGAGGAGUUUUCAAACAAGGUCUCUGUGGUCCAAUAUUUGCCUACCGAACAUCAUUUAAUAAUUUUAAAUCACAAAUCUCUAUUCGAGUAUAAUGUUAAGAGUACGGUGAAAGAUGUUCAUGAGGAAAGAUCACAACUUGUGCUUGGACUGCUUAACGCAUUGCGGUGAGAAAUUUCCUUUUUGUUGCGAGAAAUAAGUUAUUUUUAUAUUCCGGUUUUUGUUCCUAAAGGUUGUUGCUUUUAACUCCUUUUGGUCAUGGAGGGAGAAUCAUCGUGGAUCAACCAUCGCCUUGAUGACAUCUCUGAAGAGAUUGGAGAGUUUGACGGCUGGGUUUGGAUACAAAAGCUUAAUGAUGAAGGCAAUAACGAAACUACUGCAGUUUCUCUGGAGUUGAUCCUGCCUGAUGACCUGUUGGAACGGAUCCUUGCCUAUCUCCCGAUUGCAAGCAUUUUUAGAGCAGGUUGUGUGUGUAAAAGAUGGAAUGAGAUUGUUAGUUCAAAUAGGUUUCUAUGGAACUUUUCACAUGUACUAUCACAAAAACCAUGGUAUUUUAUGUUUACUGGCUCUGGUGAACCAAAUGGUUAUGCAUAUGACCCAAUCCUUCGGAAGUGGUAUGGCAUUGAACUCCCCCACAUCAGGGCACCCGAUUGGUUCAUUGCUUCAUCAUGCGGAUUGGUUGGCUUCAUGGACAAUGACAGCAGAAGCGAACUUUAUAUCUGUAACCCUAUUACCAAGCGCCACAAGAUGCUCGAGGAGCCCCCAGGUUGGAAGUUUUCUGAUUACAUUGCCCUUGCAAUCUCAGUGAACAGGAUAUCACAUGGUUAUCUCAUCACAGUAGUGAAAUCUAAGCAAGUCCCCGGAAAUUUUUUCCAAUGGGAUAUCUCAAUUCAUAUUUAUGAUUCAGAAACGAUUUUGUGGACAACCUCUUUGACAGAGGUUUUAACAGGUUGGAGAGGUGGUGAUGAAAGUGUGAUCUGCAAUGAUGUUUUGUACUUUUUGAUUUACUCAACUGGGAGUGGUGCACCGGAAAAUCGUCAUGGCCUAGUUGCAUACAAUCUCUCUAGCCGCUCUUCCAAUGGUUUAUUGGAUAGAUGUUUUAUUCCAGUACCUUGUGCUCUUACAUGUGGCCGCCUAAUGAACCUUAAGGGAAAACUGGUGAGUGGAGGAAUUGGCAAACAAGAUCGGGCUGACAUAAUUAAGGGAAUUGGCAUCUGGGUUCUAAAUGGGAGGGGGUGGCAAGAGAUUGCACGUAUGCCUCAUAAGUUUUUCCAGGGAUUUGGGGAGUUUGAUGAUGUUUUUGCUAGCAGUGGUACAGAUGAUCUCAUAUACAUCCAGAGCUAUGGAGCUCCAGCACUUCUUAUAUUUGAUAUGAACCAGAAGCAAUGGAAAUGGUCGCAGAAGUGCCCUGUGACAAAGAGGUUCCCACUUCAGCUCUUUUCUGGUUUUUGCUUUGAGCCCAGGCUUGAAAUUGCUCCAUAAUUUGUUUCACUUUAGAUUCAUGUGGUGCUAUUGAUGAAUGUGUCUUUGAUUACAGUGGCUUUAUUUUGUUUUCAUUUACCUUCGCCUUCGUACCGAGUCAUUUUGAAAAUUUGUGUUUUGAAAAGUUAUAGAGAAUGUAAAUGCAGAUAAAUCUGGCUCA